CAGAUGCUAAACUACCGUCGAAUAGAACAAAAGCACAUUAUUAAUUGAAAUGACUACGCCAGUUGUAUCAGAUAUCGAUAGUAACGAUCCGUCUGUUGACUUAAAAUUGAAUGAUGACGAGGAAAUUAUUUUAAAUAUAUUGGACGAGCCACAUAUUAAAGUAGAAGAAGCCGAAGAAAUUCUUGAAAAACAUGAAGAACUUGAAGAAUAUGAAGAAGAAAAUAUAAUAUCUAAAGUAGUAUCGGAAUAUACUGAGGAAGAAUUAGCUGAAAUGGAAGCUGAACGACUUCAAGAGGAAGAGUUUGAACGAGAAAGGCUAGAAGCUGAACAGAAACAAAUGGAAAUGCUUAAUAUGUUACGUGAAAAAUUAGCUGAACUUGCAAAAUGGAAUAGAAUUCGAGAAGAAGAAGGAAGUACGUUUAUGAAUCGUAUAAAAAGAUUUCUUGCUCAAAAUCGAGAUGAUCCAUCAAAUUUAUGUUUUGUUAAUCAUUUACCAAAUACAACUGUUAUGGAGGGUAAAAAUGUUAGAAUCUCAUGUUCAGUCAAUGGAACUGAUCUAGAAGUUAAAUGGUUCAAAGAUGGAAAAGAAAUUCACAGCAACGAUAGAUAUAUUAUGUCUAUAAACUUAUACGAUAUUUUGUCAUUAGAAAUUAUUAAUUGCUUUACGGAAGAUUCUGGCGAAUAUACUUGUGUGAUUACAAAUGGUGAGAAACAAGCUUCUUCUAGUUGUUUUAUUAGCGUCUGUGAUAUGACAAGUUUUAAGGCGGAACCUCGAUCUCCCACCAUAGAAUAUAUAAAAGAUAGAUAUCAUUGUAUGAAUGAUGAACUAGAAAUAGAAUGUCGAGUAAUUGGAACACCUAGACCAAUUGUUACAUGGUUUAGAAAUAACUAUCAAUUAAAAACUGAUCCAUUUUAUACUAUAACUGAAAAAUCUCAUGGUAUUCACACCUUAUUGAUAAAAAAUCCAAUUUGUCGUCCCAAGGGAUUUUAUACAAUAAAAGCUAAAAAUUCAAUAGGAGAAGAUGUACAAAAACAUGUAGCAGAAUUUUUUGUCGGUGGAAAAAAAGUCGUAUUUUAAUAGAAUUAUUAUUUAAUUGGAAUAAUUGCAAUAAAUGUUAAGAUUCUAAUGUCAGUGGUUUUAUUGUUGCA